AUUUUGACAGCUGAGCUUCGUCGCUGAAAAUUGACGUAAUCGGUCACGUUAUCUCUCAACUGCUCACAGCAUCCCGUGAAAGAGAGGAUUCUGCAAAAUAAAAUACAAAUAAAAUCUACGGUCAGAAUUUUUGGGAUAUGAGGACAGACGUUCACUAAACGGUGUGUGGGUUGGUGGAGCUGUCAACUGUGAGUCUGAAGUGGACACUGGAGCAGUCAUGAGGCCACUGAGAGAUGCCCAGCUAGGGGCCUUCACCUUCUUUGCCUCAGCUCUCCCCCACGAUGUGUGCGGGAGCAACGGCCUCCCCCUCACCCCCAACUCCAUCAAGAUCCUGGGCCGCUUCCAGCUGCUCAAGACCAUUACCCACCCCAGGCUCUGCCAGUACGUAGACAUCUCCAGAGGGAAGCAUGAACGGCUUGUUGUUGUGACGGAACACUACGAAAGCAGUAUAAAUGAUUUCCAGAAACAGGUUCAAACUGUCAGCCCAGAGAGAGUUCUCCAGAUAGCCUAUGAGGCCUUGGAGGGACUAGAGUUUAUGAACAAACAUGGGAUGGUUCACAGAGCCCUCAAUGCACAGAAUGUCCUCAUGGAUGGCAAGGGCAAGGUGAAGCUGGCUAAGUUUGGGCUCUAUUACAUGACAGACCACGGGGCGGAUGUGGACUUUCCUAUUGGGUACCCAUCCUAUCUGGCUCCAGAGGUCAUCGCCCAGGGCUCAGUCCACCCUAGUGACCCCUCCCAGGGGGAGAACCCUCUUCCCUCGGGGCCCAAGACAGACGUGUGGUCCCUGGGAGUCCUGCUCUUUGAGCUGUGUGCAGGUAGAAGACUACUGCAGAACAUUGAAAUAAGCGAGAGAUUGAAAUUCAUCAUCACCUUGGGUUGCAUUGACGACAUAGUCACAGUCCUUGCAGAGGAACACGGAUGCUUGGAUGCGAUUAGGGAGCUGCCUGAGAACGUCCUAACAUUGUUAAGGAAAUGCCUGACCUUCCUGCCAUCCAGAAGACCCACCCCUGCAGAGCUGCUGGUUGACCCAGUGUUUGAGGGCGUGUCGUGUCUCUACGCCCCGUUCCAGCAGCCCGUCGGGCUGUUCUCCUCCUCCCUGCGCUGUGCCCACCUGGAGCUACCAGAGGACAUCAGCCAGCUCUGCAAAGAUGAUGAUGAGGAGUACCUGGGGGAGAGGGCCAUAGACGAGGUGUACCACCUGUGGUGUUUGGCAGGAGGAGACCUGGAGAAGGAACUGACCAACAAGGAGAUCAUCCAGUCCAAGCCUCCCGUCUGCACCCUGCCCAAUUUCCUGCUGGAGGAUGGGGAGUCGUUUGGCCAAGGCAGGGACAGGAGCUUCCUCCUGGAUGACACCACCGUCACACUGUCUCUGUGCCAGCUGAAGAACGUGAGGACACCACCGUGA